GUGGGAGCGGGACAGCUUUAGAGCCUGAACUCAACAACAAGCCCUCUCAGGCUGGCCCAUCACAGCCAGUUGUUCUUUUCUAAACCCUCUCCCUCUUUUUUUUUUGGGAGUCCUGUUUUUUCUCGCGCUCUGCCAGCAGUCACAGUGUGAGUGGGUGUGUCGAUGCGGGCCAGUGUAGCCUAGUCGCUGCUUGUGCGCACUCUGAAAAAGAGGAAAAAGUUGGUGAUGAGUUUAGUGUGAAAGCCGCCCGCCUCGGAGCAGGCUAACCGUCCAGGAAUGGCAGUUUGGACCAGAGCGGAUAAAAACGGUCAACUGGACCUUCUUCUCCGGGACCGCUGGAUCCGAGUGGCCGCCGAACUCACCCGAGAAACGCUGACUUUAACGGCCGAAGCGGAGGUAACCGGACAGGGGGGAAGUCACUGGGACUACAACAACUCUUCGGCGGGCCUGCGAAAUGGCAUGUCGAACGGAAACGACCCGGGAACGAGUGCGGGGAACCCUGGCCGCGGUCCGUCCUCGGGUCAAGACCAACUCCAGAACCACGGGGGUCGGGGGCGCAGCGGCAGCCCGGGGCGCGGGGGUGCCAGUCGGGUACAAUACGAAGGCAGCUACGGUCUAAAUAGCCCCGGGAAGUACCCAAAUAACGGCACAAACUCUGACUUUGGAAGUCCCGUCUCCAGCUACGGCAGUCCCGGGUCCAGCUUCGGGUCGAGACAAGGCGACUUUCCCGUCAGUCUGGACGGCUCCUCGGAAGCUGUGCGGAAAGUCCGAGUUGUCAAACAGGAGUCUGGCGGGCUGGGGAUCAGUAUCAAGGGGGGGCGCGAGAACCGGAUGCCCAUCCUCAUCUCCAAGAUCUUCCCGGGGCUCGCCGCCGACCAGAGCCGGGCUCUCCGAGUGGGUGACGCGAUCCUGUCGGUGAACGGGAACGACCUCCGGGAGGCAACACACGACCUGGCGGUCCAGGCGCUUAAGAAGGCAGGGAAAGAAGUGACGCUGGAGGUGAAAUACAUUCGCGAGGUUUCUCCGCUCUUCAAGAAGCCAUCCCUGGUGGCCGACCUGCCGUGGGACAGCAUCCGCCCACAGUCGCCCAGUUACAGCGGCAGCGAGGACUCUGGGUCGCCCAAACACAGCAGCGCCUCCUCUUCAAAAGACAGAAAGGUCAUAAGCCUGAAGAUGUGCUUCAUCAGCAGGAACCUUACCAUGCCAGAUCUGGAGAACAGACUGUUGGAGCUCCAUUCCCCAGACGGCCAGCACACAGUUGUGCUGCGCUGUAAAGACGGCCCCACCGCCAACUCCUGGUUCACUGCCAUCCACACCAACAUUGCUGCCCUGCUGCCACAGACCCUGGCUCACAUCAGUGCUUACCUGGGGGCCUCGUCCUCGGCCUCCACACACCCCCAUCUCAAACACAUCGGCUGGUUGGCUGAACAGGUCCAGCUGGAAGGUGGACGGCAGCAGUACAAGCCAGUGGUCAUGGCACUGACGGAGAAGGACAUCCUGCUGUUUGAAUCGGUGCCGUGGAGCAGAGAGUCCUGGUCCAUGCCUCUGCUCACACACCCACUGCUAGCCACAAGACUGGUUCAUUCUGGCAACGCCCGGGGUUCUCCCGCUCAGGGUUCGGACCUGGUGUUCGCCACUCGGACGGGCACAGGGCGGGGCAUCGAGUCCCACGUCUUCCGAGUGGAGACCCACUGGGAUCUGUCUUCGUGGACGCGAGCCCUUGUGCAGGGGGCACACGCUGCCGCUGAGCUCAUCAAAGAAGUCUCAAUUGGUUGCACGUUGAACAGACAGGAUGUUCGUCUGACGCUGCAUUAUGAGAAGGGCUUCACUGUAACAAGGGAGCCGGCAGAUCCAGCCGGGGGAGCUGUGCUGUACAGAUACCCCUAUGAGAAACUCAAAAUGUCCGCCGACGAUGGAAUUCGCAACCUUUACCUUGACUUUGGGGGUCCAGAGGGAGAAAUGGUAUUUGACCUGCACUCAGGUCCAAAGCCGGUGGUGUUUGUCCUCCACUCCUUCCUGUCAGCCAAGCUCACUCGUAUGGGCCUGCUGACGUGAAACAACCAACAAUAUCAGCGUGGACGAGAGGACGGGUCCAGGCACAGCGAGGAGUGGGAAGACGCUCCCAAAACGCUGAUACUGGGGGUUGAUUUUUUUAUUUUUUUAUUUUAUUUUGUUCCAAUUUCUCCAUUCACAACUGAAGUUAGGCCUGAGGUGGCGCUGCAGGGAAGAUUUAGCCCAUGAGUCGUAUUGUUGAUUGUCUCAAAAAUGUGCCUUGUCUUCCAACUUGUCCUCGGCCUCUUGUAAUCAUUUGAAUUGCAAAGUCAGGUAAAAGGAAGUGGCACUUUGCUUGAAGUCAUGAAGUGUUAGGAGACGGUUACAAAACGCAAAAAAUAGCUAAAUAGUCUCAUAACAUUCUGUGUGAUAAUGUAUUUAAUGUCAUCAUGAUUUACAAAAAAAAAGCUAAGAUGCUGUGAUGUGCUUAUGAGAUUCCAUUUCCAGUGCACUUCAAGCAAAGUGUUACUGAAAUAUACUAAAGAAAGGAAGGAUUUUUUUAGACAAUUAAUACACAGCCAAGCACAGAUUGGUAAAUGCUCCCUGUUUUUACUAUAUGCCUAUCAUUCCAUAACAGCCUUCCAAUGGAUCUUUAUAAUGUAUUUGUUUGUCUUUGUGUCGAACAUGUGAGUGAAAGAAGAUUGUGUGAAUGAAGAAAGGUCUGCGUGUUGGUGUGUGUUUGUGUCUCUAUAAUACGCUUCUGUUGGCUUGAUAGUGUGCCUGCUGUCUGACAGACUCACCUUUUAGCACGUUAUCCCGAAACUACUGUUGUAAUCAGGAUUGCCAACUGUGCCUUUUUACAUGUAGUCAUAGACACUCUUUGUAAUGUUUCCUUUUUUAUUUCACACAAUAAGAGAAUUUUAAGCUUUCGACAUGCACAAGCAAUAGUAUUACUCUUAUAGUGUAAACCAUGUUACUUUGUUUUACGUCGUUUGUUUUUGUAAGUGUAUAUGAUAGCAUGAUUUCCUGACUUUGAACUCUGUAUCAGAUGAUGGUAUAGGACAUGACCGUGUGUUACCUCCCCUUCUUGACCUACACUACCACGUUGUCGCCGUCUCAAUGCCGCUAUCAUCGCAUUCCACUUAUUAGAGAUUACUCGUCUCUUGUUACCAUUCCUACAGCAGCAUUUCUCUGGCUAAAGACUGUUUAACAGGCUCGUUUCAAGGUGGGCCAUCACAUGACAGAGGUACCAAUGUAUUUUGAUAAUCCGAACUGUAACGGUCAAAGACGUCUCACCUCCUAUGAACCCCUGCAGUAGAGAAGUUACUGUACUCUUAAUGUCUUUUAGCUUAUUACAGUCUUUUCCUUCCAUUUUAGGCCUGUGAAAGUUUACUCAAGGUCCACUUACUAGCUUUCUUUUGAGGCUUUCAGCAGCCAAUCCAUGGUCUUUGCUCAGUUGUCAUGGAGAUGGCUCGGCUGUCAUCAUGUGACCUAAGUAUGGAACUUAACUCACAUGAUAAUAGGUGUUCGUAUAUUAGGGGAGAUGGUCGCCCCUGGUUGCUGCUGCCGGCCGUCCACUGACUCCUGGUCGAUGACCUUUGACCCCUUCCCAGUUGGUGCUGUGAAAAAAGAAUUUCAUUUAGAAAUGAGCCAACUGAGGAGGAAAAAAGUUCUUUGCUGAGUAUGAGCAAUAAAACACAUUUAGAGAUUUACUCCUACCUACAGUGAAGUGUAGGAGUAACCUUUAAGAUCAGCUCUCACUUGAUCACAUGAUUGAUCACAUAUAUGCACAGAGCAGGAAUAGCCAAUCAAAGACAAGAAUUCAUUUUACAUCUGCCGUAUUGAUCAGUCUUUUACAAAAAUUCUUAACUCAGUGAUUAGAGUAUGUUAUUCUGUAAAAACAUGUAAUUUUAAUUUAAAUGUUCAUUUGAUUUGUGUGAAAACAUUGAUAUGUCCAGUAGCAAUUAACAUGUGACAUUUUACAUAUUUUAAAUAUUUAUAAUAUAUAAAAAGUGAUGAAAUAACAGGAAUUGUUGAAUCUCAACUAAUAAGCUGUUGAAAUGUCUCUGAAAGAAACUCUCUGUAGGCGGACUAUCCAAAUAAAGCGUUACCUGACAUUCUGCUGCUGGUAGUUGAGGUACAUUAGAGAAAACAGAUAGUAAGGAAAAUUUAGUACCACGCAACAUAAAUGCCAGCAAUAUUCUUGCUUUCACACCCCUGAGAAAAAAAGAAAUCUUAAAUCAAAUGCAAAUAGUAGGCUAUAGGUACUCUAUUCUGAUUGAUAGAUGUCGCUAAUGUAUUAUUCAUCAUGACCAAUGAUGUAACUCAUUCCAAAAAAAAAAGUGUUUUCUCAGCUCUGUUUCGGUUCUGCUGCCGUCUAGAAUCCACUCUUAUAUUAGUAUUUUUAUUGUAUUUUUAAGUUUGCAAUUAGGAGUAAAAGUGUUUUCUUUCACCAAAAUGUCACUUUUAGCAGUUUGAUCAGUUCGGCCAUGGUGUUGACAGACAGCUGAUGUUGUCUGUUUCCAGUGUUCAUUCAGUCCUUGCUGUUUUAACGAUGUAGUGCCAGUGAGGUCACGUGAUGACAACUGAGCAAACGCCAUCCACCGAUGGAGACCAUGAGAUGCAGUUGAAAGCUCUGGAAAAAGCUAGUAAAUGGUCUGAGAGUUAAGGUUAUUUUUCAUGUGCCUAAGAAACUAAAAUCCCAUUGCAGAUCUUAUGAUUUCUGUCAAUAGUAAAUACCAUCAACACAACAGCUAUUUGUUUAUCUAUUUCACAAUCAGCUUUAGGUACAAUACCCCUAAAUUAGGGUCGAUUUUUUUUUUUUUGGCAUUAAAAUCGAGGUGAGUUGAAGUCAGCUAAACUAAUUUCAGUCUUCCCUUCAGUUCAUCUGUUCAGUUCAGUGCCUGCAUUAAGACGUGACUGGUUAAUGAGUUCAACGUGACUAACUAACACAUUUUCAUAACCUUCAGUUGGUUCGUGGCACAUGUUGCUAAAGUGACCCUUCAGCUUAGCUUCUGUGUUCUUUUGGAGCUCAAACAAUGUAGCAUUGUGUCCAGUGACCGUGCAACACAGGAAAAAAGGGUCGUCCUUCUGUCCUCAGAUAAGGAACAAAAUGUCCAGUAUGAAUGACCUCUAUUCUGUGUUGGGCUAUGAUGUCCUUGUGAUGGCUGGAUGGCUAUAUAGCUCUUUUUCAAGGUAUCGUUAAUAACUGGCAGUGUUAAAGGAGAAGCAGACUUUGCUUCCCGUAAAACAUGUGUAUGUGGGAGGUUUGAGUUAUAUUUAGCCUGACAGUCUGCAACAUUUGAAGCAAUAGUGAAGUGUUGCACUCCGUCAUCCUUCUUUUUCACCACAUUUUCCAUUUUGUGUUAAUCAUGUUUCUCUAACCCGCUGCACAGAUCUCAUUGUCUGAAGUAAGUCAACCUUCAACAAGCUACAGGCCGUCCCUCUUUGAGCUUGAUGCACUAACCUAUCAAACUCCUUUAAAUCUGUGAAUGUACACCCCCCUCUCUUCUUCCAGAUGAUUAUUUGUCAUCUCCUUUCUCUUUCUGUUCUGAAAUUGUGGCUGUCCUGUCUAUGCAAAGCAAUGCUUCAAAGAAGGGGUUUUUGAACCAAAGGUAAUAUCUGUGGCAGCUUGCGUCCAACACAAUCAUUGAACUGUCACGAGAGGAUAAAGUGCUGCUGCAACAACCUGUCAUAUGCAAAGUAUUUUAGACUUCCAAGAUACGGUAUACAAUGUAUAAUAGCAAUGUAGUAAUCUCAAAUGUAAAUACCUACCAAUAAAACAAAUUACAAAUUA